AUGUCGGAAACUUCGGAAGAACCGUUUGAUAUCGAGGCUGAACGGUUUUUGGUACAACUUCAAUUGGCACUGAAAUUGCUGACUUUCGAAUGGGAAGCGAAUCUUGAACUGUUGGCUACGAAAUUACAGGAGCUAUGUCAGAAAUAUCUUAAACACCUCGAACAGGUUAAAUCCUCAAAACUGUCGAAUGGUGUUUCGGAUGUUUUGGUAAAUGGAACGAAUUCGAACGGUGGAUCUCAGAAUUCGACGGUGGAUGUUUUGGUCGCGCCGGAUGUACCAGAUGCUGAUUCUGGGAAUGGGGAGACUGUAGAAUCGAACGAAAUAUCCGCGUCGAAAGUAAAUGGCCUUGACACUAAGAAAUCCGAUGCCGAUGAUUCAACAAACGGCUCUGAGCUUUCAAACAACCAGAUAUACAACGAAAACCUAUCGCAAGAAUCAUGUCAUCUGAUAAUUUCCAACCCAAAGUUCCGAAACAAGAACAGUAAUGACGGGUACAAGGAUUGGAUAAACGAAAACUUACUUAGCGUUAUUGAUUUGGCCCUUAAAAACAAGUCGGUUCGGCCAGAAGACGAUGCAGAGAUUGACAUUAAUGAAGAAUAUGGGGACUAUACUUUCACCUAUAGUGACGACACAAGUUCAGAAUCAGAGACUUCACAUCUUUAUAUCUGCCUAGAAAAUCUUACAAAAGCCCCCUUGACCGUUGAAAGCGUUCAAUGUCUCCUGCAAAAUACGUUAUACCCAUCCACAGAAACGAUAUCCAAAUUCCCAGGAUUCACAGGGACGGAAUUAAUUCCGGUUCCAAACACCGAGUUUCAAGAUAUUUGGGAUCGAGAAACUCUUGCGGAGUGGUACAGAGGUGCUGCACUCCUUUGGGAUGGAGAACCUUUUGUUCAAGAUCCGGCUGCGAAGGGUGGAAGUGGCGGUGGUGGUCUGCCGCCUGUUGCGGGUCUUGCAGGAGGCUUGUUAGGCGCAAUACCUCUGAGCACCGUAGCAAAGUCCGCCGCAGCAAUAACAGAUGUAUCAGCAAUAACCGAAGUUGCAACUAACAGAGCCAAAUCCGACGGUGGAACCAAGAAAGAAUCAACAAUUGAAGCUAAAGUGGAGGCGAAAGACCAAGAUGGCACACAGACAACGGUUGAAGCUAAGGUGGAGGUAACAGUAUCUGAAGUUCCUGAUACUGCAGAUGAAGGAGCUACUACUCCUACCACGCUAGAUUCUACAGACGCAGGACCUUCAACUUCAACUUCAACUUCAGCGAUCGAAGCGGUCGUUGAAGCGAUUGUUGAGGCUGGUUCGGAGGAACUUAAGGAGGCUAUAGUAGAAUCAACGGCUGCGAUACAAAAGUCUGAGGCGGCGUUAGUCGAAUCCACGGUAGCGCUCGCAGAAACACAAACGUCAUUAGUAGAAUCUGCGGUCGCACUCGGUAAAACGGAGGCAGCUCUCGCGGACUCAAAGGCGGCGGCUACCGAGGUUUUGGAAUCGAAGGCCGCUUUGGUUACUUCUGCGCUGGAUCUUGGAAAGUCUAAGGAUUCACUUGUUAAAUCUGCGAUAUCGUUGGGGAAAUCGAAGUUUUCGUUGUUUGGAACUGUAUUGAAGUUUGUGGAUAAGACUGGGGAAGCCUUCGGUGUGGAUUUGAUAGAUGAUAGUCUUUAUGAGGAUGGACCGGCGAAUGGGGGAAAGUUAACCGGAUGGGAUAAAGUGAAAAGCGAGUUCCCAUGUCCAUUCGACUACCCGCCAGAUAAAGAAUACAAACUAAAAUUCACCAAAUCAAUCGAUGACUGCCUCCCAUCACUCACAAGCGCAGAGGAGGCACUCUCCAAAAUCAUCGAUACCCACUCUCCUACCUCGGCUCCCCCAUUUUCCGUAACAUCGAUACCAGGUCGCUACAUAUUGAAUAGAUUCUUGAUCGCAACUCACAGAAUUGUAAUCACAUAUAUCUGCAGCGAGAACGUAGUUCGAUAUGUCACGGGUAUUGAAGCAGAUGCCGCUGGAGGUUCAAUGAUGUCUUCUGGAUUAGAUGGAGUGGAAAAAGUGCUAGGCUUUAUGGGACCUAAUCCGGCAGCUAUGGCUGCAGCGGGCGUGCUAAAGGCGGGGAGAAACAUGGCAGAACAAAAGAAGAAGGAUGCGGCAGCGGAGUUUCAGCGGAAGUCCAAAACACUUCUACGAAAACUAUGGUUCUUAACAACAGAAGUCCAUGCUUUCCUAUGGUUUACAAAACCCCAAGCUGGCGGAAGAUACGAAUUCGACACAGCAUUUCAUAAAGCUUCGUGGAGGCUUGUGAGAGAGAAUAGAGCGGGUAUAUAUGCCGAUGAAGAGAAGCCACGGUUGACGACUGAUGUAUCUGAAGAUUAUUUUAUCUACUUACAAGAGCAGACGCUGAUGUUGAGGGAGUAUACGAAAGAGUUGGAAGUACAGGCAAAGGAGAUGAUGGAGGAUUUAGAGAAAGCCUUUUAG